CUGUGCCUGAGCAAAGUCUGUGCUGCAGGUGCAGCGUGUGCUGCUUGGACAGUCAUUGCUUUGCUGCUCCUUUCCUGACUGCAAGAACCACAUUUUCCUGCCUGAGGGUCUUCCAGGCCAUCUCAUUGUGGGUGAAAUUGAAUGACCUGAAAAUGGAUCCAUCUUCUCCUAUGCACCCAGCAAGUAUUUUGGAACAGACUGCCUUGCAGCUCGGAUGCAGUCCCACGGACAAAAAACUUGCUUUCCACUUAGAUGAAAAAGAUGAGUUAAAGCAUCUUCGGGAAUGUUUCUAUGUCCCCAAAGUCAAGGACCUGCCCCCAACUGACCUGACCCUGGUGAAUGGAGAGGAGAGCUGUGUGUACUUUAUUGGGAAUUCUCUUGGCCUCCAGCCAAGAAAAGUUAAAACUUACUUGGAUGAAGAACUGGACAAGUGGGCUCGGACAGGUGUCCAUGGCCAUUUCAAUGAAAAGCGCCCAUGGGCUUUGGCAGAUGAGUGCAUCCUGGACCUGAUGGCUGAGCUGGCUGGGGCCAAAAGACAAGAAAUAGCCUUAAUGAAUGGGCUGACUGUUAACUUGCACCUUCUGAUGCUAUCUUUCUUUAAGCCUACUCCAAGACGUUAUAAAAUUCUUCUAGAAGCAAGAGCCUUUCCAUCUGACCAUUAUGCUGUGGAGUCCCAGAUCCGACUGCAUGGGCUGGAGGUGGAGAAAAGCAUGGUCCUGCUGCAGCCACGGCAGGGGGAAGAGACCUUGAGGACUGAAGAUAUCCUGGCUGUAAUUGAGAAGGAAGGGGACUCUAUUGCUGUCAUUCUGUUCAGUGGGGUGCAGUACUACACGGGACAGUUGUUUGACAUCCCUAGAAUAACAAGGGCUGGCCAAAAAAAGGGAUGCCUUGUUGGAUUCGACCUGGCUCACGCUGUUGGGAAUGUAGAGCUUCAUUUGCAUGACUGGGGAGUAGAUUUUGCUUGCUGGUGCUCCUACAAGUAUUUAAAUUCUGGAGCAGGAGGCCUUGCUGGUGCCUACAUUCAUGAAAAGCAUUCCAAGACUAUUAAGCCAGCGCUAAUAGGCUGGUGGGGCCAUGACUUCAAAACACGAUUCCUCAUGGAAAACAAAUUACAACUAAGUGAAGGAAUUAAUGGAUUCCGGUUAUCAAAUCCUCCAAUUUUACUGGUCUGCGCUCUGCAUGCCAGUUUAGAGGUUUUUAGUCAAACUACAAUGAAAGCAUUGAGGAGGAAAUCUGUUCUACUCACUGGUUACCUGGAAUACCUGAUAAAGCACUACUACAGUGAAGAUAAAACAAAUCCAGAGAAGCCUUUUGUAAGAAUAAUCACACCCUCUCAGAUUGAGGAGAGAGGAUGCCAGCUCACUCUGUCGUUUUCCCUUCCAAUCAAAUCUGUGUUUAAAGAGCUGGAGAAGAGAGGAGUGGCUUGUGACAUGAGAGAACCAAACGCUCUUCGCAUUGCUCCAGUUCCUCUCUACAAUUCCUUCCUUGAUGUGCACAGAUUUAUUGAAAUCCUGGGAUCUGCAAUUACAUCUUCAAAACAAACAGCAAAUAAUACUGUGCUAUCUCGUUCUUAUUGA